CCGCCUCCGGGGCGGAGACUCCUCCCCCUCCCGGCCCAAUUGUAGUCCCUGGAAGCGCAACCAGAGAAGCCUCUGCUUGCUCCAUCGGGGUAGCAAAGAAACUGGUUCCUCCCCUCGGUCAGUUUCUUGCGCCCUAGGAACCACCGUGUGGCAGCACAGGCGCACCAAGGCUUUGGACACCACCUGGCCUGGCAGCGAGACCUGGGCGCGACUUCAGCACCACGGACAGCGCGCGCCGGCCGCUCAGGCUGGUGCUAUGCGGGCUGAAUGUCCGGGAGCUGCAGCCCCAUGGCGCUGCUUCUCAGCUUGGGCCUCCUCGGGCUGUUCCUAGGAGUGUGGGGUACAGACACAGAGGAGCGACUAGUGGAGCAUCUCCUGGAUCCCGUCCACUGUAACAAACUUAUUCGUCCAGCCACCAAUGGCUCUGAGCUGGUGACAGUGCAGCUCAUGGUGUCACUGGCACAGCUCAUCAGUGUGCAUGAGCGGGAGCAGAUCAUGACCACCAAUGUUUGGCUGACCCAGGAGUGGGAAGAUUAUCGCCUCACUUGGACUGAGAAGUUUGACAAUAUGAAGAAACUUUGACUUUCUUCUAAACAUAUCUGGCUCCGAGAUGUGGUCCUGUACAAUAAGAGUGGCCUUUGGGGUAAUGGAAAUGCCGAUGGUAUGUACGAGGUGUCCUUCUACUCCAACGCGGUGGUCUCCUAUGACGGCAGCAUCUUCUGGCUGCCACCUGCCAUCUACAAGAGCGCCUGCAAGAUUGAAGUCAAGCACUUCCCAUUUGACCAGCAGAACUGCACCAUGAAGUUCCGCUCGUGGACCUACGACCGCACUGAGAUCGACCUGGUGCUCAAGAGCGACGUGGCCAGCCUGGACGACUUCACGCCUAGCGGGGAGUGGGACAUUGUGGCGCUGCCAGGCCGGCGCAACGAGAACCCUGACGAUUCCACCUACGUGGACAUCACCUACGACUUCAUCAUUCGCCGCAAGCCACUCUUCUACACCAUCAACCUCAUCAUCCCCUGCGUGCUCAUCACCUCGCUGGCCAUCCUCGUCUUCUACCUGCCAUCGGACUGUGGCGAGAAGAUGACGCUGUGCAUCUCCGUGCUCUUGGCGCUCACGGUCUUCCUGCUGCUCAUCUCCAAGAUUGUGCCUCCCACCUCGCUCGAUGUGCCGCUCGUUGGCAAGUACCUCAUGUUCACCAUGGUGCUGGUCACCUUCUCCAUCGUCACCAGCGUGUGCGUGCUCAACGUGCACCACCGCUCGCCCACCACGCACACCAUGGCGCCCUGGGUCAAGGUCGUGUUCUUGGAGAAGCUGCCUGCGCUACUCUUCAUGCAGCAGCCGCGCCACCGCUGUGCCCGCCAGCGCCUGCGCCUGCGGCGACAGCAGCGUGAACGUCAGGGCGCAGGGGCCCUGUUCUUCCGUGAGGCACCUGGGGCCGACUCCUGCACCUGCUUUGUCAACCGUGCAUCUGUGCAGGGCUUGGCAGGGGCCUUUGGAGCGGAGCCUGCACCCGCGGGUGGCCUGGCGCACCCCGGGGACCCGUGUGGCUGUGGCCUUCGGGAGGCAGUGGAUGGUGUGCGCUUCAUCGCUAACCACAUGCUGAGCGUUGGCGAUGACCAGAGCGUGAGUCCCAGGGGGCAGCGGGUGGGCGGGAUGGGUCUCCUUGUCAGGUGGGCUGAGCAGAGUCUGCAGAGAAGGUGAAUCAGGCUUCCUGCGGUGUCUCUGGGGUGCUGGCCUGGGUUCUUCUGCUUCUGCGUUGCUUCUGGGAGGCUGCGUCACUUAAAGAUGGUUCCACCUGACCUUGGGCCUCCUUGUAUCCAGGGCAAAAGGCCUGAGCUGGGGCAUCUUGGUGACGGGAAGGCGGCGUGGAACAGGAAGAGGCCCUGCUGGCUUUGCAGCUGACCCCUGACUGUCACCACCAAAGUCCUUCCCUGCGGCCAUCACUGCACAUUGUUACUGUGCAGCUUUUAGCACAGUCAGAGCCAAGUCUUUUAUGAGCCCCAUGGGGAGUAAAAUCGAGGACAGAAAGCCUGCGUGUGUGGCUCUGUGUGUGUGCGUGAAUCAGGGUUGAGAGGUUCUGUGAGCCUGUUCCAAUCAAUAUCCUUUUUCUGCUCUUCUGGGGCCCAAGGUGAAAUAUUUAUGGAGAUGGGGGUGGAUGGCUCCCUGAACACCUCCCUGCUCCCCUCUCUGCAUGCUCUCAGAGUUUUGGCUUUUUCUGUAGCAGCUCUCCAGGAACGGAUUUCCUAAGACUGAACUAGGAGUUGAGGGGAGAUAGGAUAGGAUGACAUCACUCCAUUCUGGGUCACAGCUGGUCUGCUCUGCAGUCAGCCUCCACCUGGCUGGUUCUAGCCUAACUCUCAGCUGUUGCCAUGGUGACUGACCAGGCUUCCUUUGGGACACUGCCAUUUCUUUUUGGGGAUGAGGAAGGGCUGGGGGGAUAUGAAAUGUCUGCUCCCCUGGAUGGCAGGAACCUGGGUUACAGCUAAGUUUGGAUCAAGAAGCAUCUCUAGUUGGGAUGAAGGGAGAUGGGGGUGCAGAGCCUCAAAGCCAGCUGAGGCCAAGUGGAGAUGCUGGAGUGCAGGGCUGAGCUGCUGCUGCCUCCAAGCCUUCCCUUCCCCACCUGCUGCAGGGAACUCUGACUUCAGCAUUUACUCAGCUGGGAGCUGGGCAUCUGUGACCUACUUGAAUGCCUUGCAGGCCACUUGACCUCAGCGUGCCCCAACUGUGUGCUUGAUCUAUGUUCCUAUCACCUACUUUCCCCUAGCACUCAGCAGACAGCAUCACCAUUCACCCAGCGGUCACUCUGGAGUGACCCUUGACUUCUCUCUCUCCCUCCUGUCUCUCUGCACCGUGUGGGUCAUGUGAGGUCCUGUCCUGUGAGCACCGCCUUCUCAUUUCUUCACCUCCUCUGUGCUAAGGAGUGGUGCUAGGCUGUCACCAGCUCUUGCCUGGAGGAAGGAAUCUCCUAGUCGGCCCCCUAACUUGGCUGUUGGCUCUGAGUAAUCAAAGAUCCUUGUCAACUUGAGCUUUCCCCGAUGUUCAGGGCACCAGUUUACUGCUGUGCUGUCUAAAGCAAGACAAGCUAUUUUUCACCUCAAGGUCUUGGCACGUAAUGAUCCCUUUGCUUGGAAUGAUUUUCAUUUUUCCUUUAAAAUGAUUAUUAGUGUCAUGAGAGUAAGUUGGAAACACUGUGACUAUUUAUCUAGGGUGUCUCUGAAUGGGAACAUUUGCUAGGAGUUUUGGGACAUGCCUGCCUUCCCAAAACUUGGGAGUCUGAGGCAGGAGGAUUGUUGCAAGUUCGAGACCAGCCUGGGCUACAAAGUGAGCUCAAACCUGAACUGCAUAGCAAGACCCUGUCUCAAAAAGAUAAAAAAAGCAGGGAGGCAUUUUCUGGCCUAACCCAGGUGGGAGUUGGGGGUGUAGUUCAGUGGUGGAGUGUGCUUGAGACCCUGAGUGCCCUCCCCAGCAGAAAACAAAUUAAACCCCAGGAUUAAUGAUCACAUGCAGAAAAUUGACCAUCACUGUCUUUAUCUACUACAAAGUGACAUCCACUCUAUUUCCAUUCGUCCCAGUAAUGUCCUUUUUUGUGUCACUGCCCGUCCCCACCGCACACCAAGACCUCAGACUGCGCGUAUUCUCAUGUCUCCUUCACUGCCUUCAGAUUGGAAUCACUACUCUCAUGGCAUAAACAUUUUUAAGGGUACUAUUUGGAUUUGUCUGCAUAUUUUUCUUCACCUUAUCCCUGAAACAGUGGGUUUCUCCUCACUCAUCAGCUCUUAGUUUAACUGCCACUCCCUCCUGAGCCCUUCCCAGGCUACCCUGUGUACUGUAUCCUCCCUCUAUUUCUCCAUCUCAGCCCUUGCUUUCCAACACUGUGUGUCAUUUUAAGCAUUCUUAUAUAUUUUUGCCUCCACCUUCCUUGGGAAUCUGUAAACUUCAGGCUGUGUUUGUCUUGCUAAGUUGUAUCUCCAGUGCCUAGCACGGUGCCUAGGUGGACAGCAGGCACACAGUGGCCACAUGCAUGAGUGGUUUUCAGCUCCUGACCCAAGGAAAAUGCAUGGCUGAUGACCCCACCCUGCCAGCUUGCAGGGUGAGAGCAGUUGUUCUGUAACCAUCUUUAAAAACACAACAUUCACAGCUUUCUGGCUCUGCUUCUGAGAGUCAGCACCACAGCUUGGGGUGGGGCAGCUUCCUGGCGCUGAGGCAUGCACCCUGGAUCUGCUGGCACCAUGUCUGAAAGCAAACCAGACCCAGGCAGCACCCCGACACCUCCACGUCUGUUCUGAAGGGAGGGCUCUCCACAGAAGGGCAGCAUCACUUCCCCCAGGAGACAGGACGACCUGGGAGCUCCGGCCUUGGCCAGUUUUUGGCCUCUCUGAAUCCCAGGAUUAGCAGCUGUGUCCUGUGUGUGCUCCAUGCCAGUGCUUUCACUUCCUAACAACGGCCCUGUGAGGAAGGGGCCGGGUGACAGCAGGUGAAUAGAGCUGAGCUUGAAACCCAAGACUGCUCAGAAGCGCAGGCUCUCGCGGUAGCCUCCCGAAAGGAGAUCUGACAGAGGAAAGUGAGGUCCUUUUGGGGCCUCUCUGCAUCAUUCCCAAGGCAGAGAGACUCAGUCCAGACAGAAGUGUGCUGUGUCCCACACCCCACAGCCCAGUGCUGACCAACUCCCCUCAAUGGCCCUGAUCAGACCGAAUGGGCAGCCACCCUUCAGUAGUUAUGCUGGCAGGUCUAAGGGUCCAUGUGAUAGUCAGUGUGCUUAAGGGAGCAUAGCUCUAGGAGUCAGGAGGACCCCUCACUCACAUACCUCUGGUGCUGGUCUCCUCACACUGCCCCUUGCUUCCUGUCUGCACUCCAGGACUAGCAUCAUGGGACUAGCCCACCCUAGCUGGACUCAUUAGGAACUUGAGAUUCUCGUAAGAAAAUUGUUUCCAAAGAUACCUUGUCACUCUGUUGUAUUUUUGGUGGAGGUUAUGUGGUUGUGGGGCGGUGGGGCAGUGAUUCUCAUGGUUCAGUUGGCAAAUGUGGUUUCUGGAGAAAUUGGACCCACGAGGAGUCAAAGGCAUUACACAAAAGCAAAGAAAAGGUGAGUGGUAAUGGUCUGUUGUUAAAUUAUUAUGGUUUGUUGCCUAACAAGCCUACUUAUCAGAUGGAAAAGAGGUGGACAAGUGGAUGGGCUCAAGAUAGACAGAACACAGGAGUGGGCCCUAGGGAGACUCCAGGAAGUCAAGGCUGCAGGCUGUUCGGAGAAUCCUGGUUUCAUCAGGCCUCCAAUCCAGAAAAUGGUAUUAUACCGUGGGGCUGAGGAUACCGGUCAGUGCUGGAGUGCAUGCUCAGCAUAUGCACAACUGUAUGUUCCAUGCCCAGCACUACAAAAAAUAAAAUGCAGCUCCUUGCGAUGAGGAAGAUGCAAGGUGAACAGCAUCUGGAAUGAGCCCGCCUUGCUCCUGCAGGGCAGGCCUUCUUCCUGCACCCAGAGCUGGGCGAGAGGACACCAUCCACUUCCUCCAGGAGGUGCUGAAUGUGUUUUCCGGAGCUGUGCCCUCAGCCCGGGCACUGCCCACUUCCUAAAGGCCUCAGGCCCCACAUAUCCCUCCAAUUGAAAUUAGGCACUGAUUGAGGAAGAAGCAUUCAAGGUUCCUAGGACGACAUCCUGGGGACAUUCUCCUCAGCCUUUAAAUUAAAAAUGCUCAGACCCAACACUGUAUUUCAGGAGACUCUCCCUCUCUGCCAAGUUCUAGUUUCCGCUCAUGCUCCCAAACAUGUCACUGGCUCUCCUGGCCCCAGCUGUCCCAUCGGUGUCAGAAUGAGGACAGUUUCACCGUGACUUGGUUUCACUGUUGACAGCAAUGUUAAAAGCUCAAGGAUGGGUCGUCCAGAAAUUCUCGAGUACACUACAAUGUGGAAUGAGCUGAAAUUAAAUAUUUCAGUGCUACAAAGUAAGAAACCAAAGUGCUGUCUUCUAAUACUGCUACUGAGUCUGCUGUGGUCCCAGCUGUGACUCUAAGCACACAUCCUUGCAGGCAAAAUAGCUGUGGAGACAGCAAAACAGCCUUCAGAGCAGGAAUCUUGAGUCUCAGGGUCCUCUUCCUACUCUGAGCCUUGAAAUCCUACAUAGCAAGUCCCGGGAGACAAGCUUCUUAAUGGUGUGCUCUGAGGAGGGCUGGGGAGUGGAGCGGAGGAAACACAGGAUGGAUCCCACCCCACCUGCAGCAGCUCACCUGCCCAGCAAGGUUCUUCACAGCAGCUUUUCUGCAGGUGGAGGGAUGAUCUUCUCCCCCAGUUCUGUCAGAUGUGGCUGAUGAUGUUACCCCAUGUCCUAGGACCACAGGUCCUCUGUCCCCAUUUUUAGCCCCUCCCCAAGACUUAAAGUUCUCUAACAAUUCAGAUUUAUCUUUGAUUUUAUUCAUGAGGAAUGUCUACUUUUAGAAUCAAGGGGCAUAAAAAUCAGAAUCAUGAAACUGGACUGCAGCCAUCAUGGCACCAAGGCGAUGCUUGGGCUCUUUCCCACUCUUUUCCUGGGGCCACUGGCAAGACCCCAAAGCCAACAAAGUCCCCUUGACUUGAGUAAAGGAAACAGCUUCAAGCACUGACAAGUGAUUAUUCACAGAAUGCACAAUAGCCACAGUUCAGACAAAUCAACUACAAAAUCAUGAAAAAGAAACGGGAAGCGGACCUAGCUUAUGAAAAACAAAGAUUGGACAGAAAGAAAACACUGGAUGGAAGCUCUGCCUGUCUGUCCUGCGGGGUAUCUUGCUCUGUUCCCACAGCAGAGAUAAAAUAUUCCAUGUUUGUUAGAUUAAGAUCUCUGAGGCUGCCAUCUUUCUUUUUUUUUUUUAAUUUUUUUUUUUUAAAUUUUAUUUAAGGAGAAAAGAAAAAAAAGCAGAGAAAGGGUACAAGUUAUACAGAUUUGCAGAAAAAAAAAUGAACAGUAGGAAAUUACUAGUUAAUGGAUUACAUAUUGUCAUCUUAGAAAUAAUUGUUCAAGUCACAAAAUUAAAGCUUGUAAAGUGGACAUUCCAUCAAUGAUACUGCAAACAGUUCUGUUCAAUGAUCCAAUAAAACUCUGUGAUAUCA